UUGUCACGGUGUAUGACUGUGAUGUUGGCCAUUCAUAAAUUUCCAGCUCGCAUUUCAUCACUUAAAAGAGUUUUCUGUGCAACUUUUGCAAUGGACACGGCAGAUUUGUGCGAUUCCUACGGAGAUCUCCUACAAUACGUUGAACCGAUAUUUCGAGAUUUUGGCCGGAGGACCAAAUUUGAUGGGAAAAUAUCGACGGUGAAGUGCCACGAGGACAAUUCCUGCGUCAAGACUGCACUAGCGGAACCAGGAGAUGGAAGGGUCUUGGUUGUUGAUGGAGGUGGUUCAUUGAGAAGAGCUUUACUGGGGGAUAAUGUGGCUGCAACUGCACUAAAGAAUAACUGGAGUGGUGUUAUAAUCUAUGGAUGUGUACGAGACACAUGUCAGCUUGAGAAAAUUGAUCUUGGUGUGAAGGCUCUUGCCCAGAUACCUCGAAAGACUGAGAAGAAGAAUGUUGGAAUGAGGGAUAUUCCGGUCACUUUUGCAGGAGUUACAUUUAGACCUAACGAAUAUGUAUAUGCUGAUAGGGACGGAAUUGUUGUGUCUGAUAAAAAGCUAACAUUAGAAGGAACAUUUGAGAUGUUUUAGUGAUAAAGUUAUGUGUGUUAAAUGCUGCAAAUAUUUCACAGUAAAAUUUGUUGGUAAAAUUGUAUAACCAUUACGUUUGUAGAUUUCAAUAUAAAAAUGAUAGGUCUCUGGGUGUUUAAUCCACUGUCAUUCAUCACAACUGGUG